CACGGCUGCCAUUAAAUUAACGCCUUCCUGAGCCGACGACGAGUGACAACACUGCUAGUUCAGCCCACUCGUUUAAUCCAAGCGCUUUGUAUUGUCCAAUUGCAUUUCCUAAAUUGUGAUAGCAAAUCAUACUUCACUCACAAUUUGGAGAUAAGCAGCUGAGGGACAAGGGAGAGAGCGCUGCGCGAGGGAGAGCGUUCUUGGCGGCCUCGCGGGGCCUCGCGGGUCCAGCGGCUCCAGGGAGAUAGAAAAUGAUUAUCCCAGUGCGGUGCUUCACUUGCGGGAAGGUGAUUGGGAACAAGUGGGACACCUACUUGGACUUGCUCCAAGCAGGCUACAGCGAACAGGAGGCGUUGGACGGCCUUGGCCUGAGCCGGUACUGCUGUCGGCGCAUGCUGAUGACGCACGUGGACCUGAUUGAGAAGCUGCUCAACUACAACACCCUGGAGCGCGCAGCUCAGGCCCAGGGCGCGCAGCGUACCGGACAGUGAGCUCUAGCACAUGUGGAAUUGGCGCGCCGGCGUGUCGCAGCCGCAGCACCUUCAUGCGGCCACGCGCCAGUUAUGGCGUUGCCGCCCCGGAACCCACCUGUUGGGCGGUGCUGUGCAGGGGCAAUGGGCGUAGGUUUGGAUGUGCAUGCGCUGCUGUUAUCAGAGAGGCUCCGCGUGUGCUUGGCAACGCAACUAGGACGCGCAUCUAUGUCACGUUCAUCCCCAGCGGCAUCGUCUUUGUUACGACUAAGAAAUUGACCACGGCUGAGGGAUUGACCACAGCAUCAUGUUAGCUGUUGGUAUACGGUGCAUGUGUACGUACGGAUAUGACGUACGUGCGGUGAAGCAUUUGAGGCCUAGUCGUGGCAUCCUCAGCGGUGUCUACUGGUCUCUGCUGUUUGAUGGUUUUGCAGUGGUGUCUGAAGCAAAUAUGUGCGCGGUUCAGAGCGGGCCGCGCAGCGCGGUGGAGCCGAUGCAGGUCUUGCCACACUGAGUACCCACGUCUGGGAUAGCCUGCAUCCGCUGGGAUGCUUCAGGAAGUGGCAGAUAAUGGCAACCACGAACACCUUUUGCCAAAGGGUAAAAGGCGACAAAUGACUGUCCACUAAGGACUUUCACACGCCUUAGCCUACUUAUAUAGUACUGUCGCAAGGCGUACCGAUGUACAUGUGCUGCAUGAACUAGCCAGGCUCCUGUAAAUCGCUGAAACG